GAUCCCUUUAUGGGCAAUAACUCCACUGCUAAUUCUUUGGGGCACAGAUUAGACUCAAUAUUUUUGUUCAAACCUAUUUGUUAUCUCUCUGUGGCGGUGGUAUUUGAAGUUUGGAAUUCAAGAUAAAAUUAAUCAAAUAUUGUUAUUAACCAUGUAUAAGGAUGAUACGCAUAAAUUAUUUUUUUAAUUGUUUAUUUAACGAAUUUUAUUUGACGUAAUUGUGUAAUAGUCUUUAAAAUUACGGAAUUGCGACAUUGACUAUUUAAUCAAUAUUUUUUUUAUUGAGUUACGUUUUAGGAACCAUUUAGCUGAAAAAAUAAGCAAUAGCUAUGAGCAACAGCGAGUUGCGAAGGAGAAAGGUGAAGGAGCACAAUGAGAAAGCGACAAAUAGAAAAAGAAAAUCAAAAGAUGUUCGACCAAAGUCGAUACAUCAGUCCUUACUGUGUUUGAUAAUCAGUGUAACAGUCUUGACUCUCUUUGUUGUAUUAUACACUGAUCAAAUCCCAUGGUAUUUGGGUCACAAGGCAGUGGAUCAUGUAGCCAAACAAUUUGGAUAUUAUAAACCUGUCUAUGCUGUGAUUAUAGAUGCCGGAAGCACGGGAUCAAGAGUUCUAGCAUACACUUUUCAUGAAUCAUACUUAGGAGAACAUUUAGUAUUGGACAAGGAGCUAUUUGACUACAAUAAACCCGGUUUAUCCUCUUUUGCUAAGGAACCUGAAAAGGGCGCCCAAAUGAUUCAAAGGUUGCUAGAAAAAGCCAAAAAGGAAAUUCCAGAACAAUAUUGGAAUAAAACCCCCUUAAUUCUGAAAGCAACUGCUGGUUUGAGACUUUUACCUGUCGAACAAGCUGAGAAUUUAUUAAACGCGGUGAGAGAUUUGUUCAAAAAGACACCAUUUUUGACUAAACAGCAAUCUGUUGAAAUUAUGGACGGAACAGACGAGGGAAUAUUUUCAUGGUUUACAGUAAAUUUCUUAUUAGAACGACUUAAUGGCAAUCCACUUAACACUGUAGCAGCACUAGAUUUAGGAGGUGGAUCUACUCAAGUUACAUUUUAUGCUGUGACUCCAGCAAGUCUUCAGGAUAAAAAGCACAUACAUCACGCUGCAUCACCCAGUGGCCCCAUUCCUGUUUUUACUCAUAGUUACCUUGGCCUGGGAUUAAUGGCUGCUAGAAAAGCAGUGAUUACUUUUGGAAAUGAGGAUGUCAAAAAUGUCACGUGCGAGUGUGUUAACCCAUUAAUCAGGGAUAAGAAAUUUCAUUAUCAUGGCAUUGACUAUUGGGUCAGUGGUUUGGACCAGAAUUAUCCAACCUCACAGACGCGUGACAACGAAUUUUAUGUGGGUGAAACCGUGCCAAUUGUAAACUUUACUAAAUGCUCGAAUAUUAUUUCCAAUUAUGUAAGGGAUAUUUCAAGCAAAACGAAACCUCCAGCAGAGUUGCCUUCAAAAGUGAUAUUUGCGUUUAGUUAUUAUUAUGAUAAAGCCAGUGCUGCGGGCCUAAUAGAUUUCACGAAAGGUGGUCAGGUAAAAGUGGAAGAUUUUAAGAAAACCGCCGAAAAAACUUGCAAAGAAGCCAACGUAGAUCAACCUUUUAUUUGCAUGGAUCUCACUUUUAUAUGGAUUUUGCUGGAAAAAGGAUUUGGCUUGAGUCUCGACACCAAGAUUUAUUUGUAUAAAAAAAUUAAUGGGCAUGAGAUCAGUUGGGCUCUUGGGUCAGCAUAUGACUUGCUUCGAGGAACCACAAAUUAAAAUUGACUCAUACAAGAUUGUUUGAAGUGGUGCCUUAUUUAUUUUACGUAUGGGAAGCUGAAUGUGCUGGGAAUUAAUUUUGAUCAUUCAAAACUGAUAUUUAUGUAUAUAAAAGGUGUAUCAGCUUGUUGUAGUAGCUUAGUAGUAAUGAUCAUUUUUUUAAAGUAUAUUUCAAUACCGCUUGUAAAGAAAAAAGCGGUACUCCCCUGCUUUUCUCAAAAUCCAACAGUGUUUUAAAAUACCAAGUCCGUAUAAAAAUGACAUUUCUCUUAACAAUUUUUACUAUGGCAACCAGUUUUUGAGAUAAUUGAAUAUUCCUCCUUUAUUUUUAAUAUAUUUACACCUCUGUCAAGUAUGUAAUUAAAUAAAAUUCACUCAGUGGGAAAUAUCAAAAAAUUGUCACCCUUUUUUGUUGUGUAAUUAUAAACCAGUAUGAAAUUUUUAUAUUUUUAUAAUAAUACCAAGGAUUUAGCUAAAAAUAAUGGUUUUAAAGGUAGCUGCUACUUUUACAUUUACUUUUCCAUUAGAUUUUAUAUCUUUUUGUGUUUUAAAUAUAAAUAUGUUGGUAAUUAUUUUGAGAAUUUAACAUAACGUCCCCAAACCCAGUUUAAAUAAGACUUGUUUCAUUAAAUACAUGUUACAGUAAACUGAUGCACCCGUUUAUAUUUGUAGGCUGUGUAACAAAUUUCCAUUCCUUUGUGUAUUGUGAUUAAACACCUAUAAUUUGUUUUUCAUUGCAAUAAAAGACAUGUUUUGCAAAAUAA